CAGCCCAGCCCAGCCCAUAAGGCAAACCCCUUGUUCGGUGAGUCCUUCCCACCACUGACUGAGAAGAAGAACACCACACGAAAUGGCGGUGGCGGCCAACUGUGCUAGGAAAUCUUUCCAAAUAGCUUCUUCUUCUGCCAAAACCCUAAUAUCUCGUCGAUCUACUUUACCUUCUUCUUCAAACUCCACUAAAUUCAAUGCCUCUUUUUUUCAAUCUUCCUCACCCAAACGCUCACUCUCGAAUUCCUGGUUUCCGGUGCAGUUAGCAGGUGCACAAGUAUCAUUGACGCCCUUGCAUAGUGCUACUGCAUCUGCAUUGUUCACUUCUCUCUUGUCUUUGCAUAAUAACAACUGGGGUUGUCUUUCAGAAGCGGAUGAGACCUAAAAACAAUGUUUCGAAUACAUAGGCAGGUUUUGCAACGCCUCUAUAGCAUACGGACGAUAUCAUGCUUUUAGUCCGUCCAGAUACCGUUAGGUUCAGGUUUUGUUCAAUACUUGUUUCUACUAGGUGCUGCGAUUAAUAAUGUAAUUUGAUUAAUUUAUCUUUAUUUGCUGAGAUUGUCAGGUGCAAUCGUCCUGUUUACAUUUACAAGAUGUUUUUGAUGUUUAACCCUUCAAUUUGGGAAAUUUUUCAUGUAAAAUGUAUACCAGAUUUUCAAGUGAUUUUAUUUUGCAUGAAUGUUCAGCUAAGAUUUUAAUUAUAA